GUACUAUAUAUAGUGAUUACCCUAGUCAUAUCCAUAGAAGGAAAGAUACCACACCACAACGCAUAUCAUAAAAUAUAACCAUGGAUGUAACUAUUGAGUAUCUAUACGCAGUAGUCACAGGAGUUAUAUGCAUAGUAUUAAUUUCAUACUCUGCGUUCUUUAGGGGUGAUGCAAGAGCACAACCCAAGCUUCCACCUUUAGCUUCUGGUGGAUGGCCUUUGAUCGGUCACCUUCACCUCUUAGGAAGUUCAAAUCAGCCUCCAUACAUAACCUUAGGAGACUUAGCCGAUAAAUACGGACCAAUCUUCACCCUUCGAGUCGGCGUACACAACGCCGUUGUAGUAAGCACUUGGGAGUUAGCCAAGGAGAUUUUCACCACCCACGAUGUAAUAAUCUCGUCUCGUCCCAAAUUCACCGCGGCUAAAAUAUUAGGACACGACUAUGCUAAUUUCGGGUUCUCUCCUUAUGGAGAUUACUGGCAAAUGAUGCGUAAGGUUACUGCUUCAGAGUUACUAUCAACUCGAAGAUUCGAAACCCUACGAGAUAUAAGGGAUUCAGAGGUGAAGAAAUCAUUGAUGGAGCUAUGUAAAAGUGGGUUUGAUCAUGAGUUGGGUGAUUUAAAAGUGGAGAUGAAACGUUUUUUAGGGGAUAUGAAUUUGAAUGUGAUUAUGAGGAUGAUUGCUGGGAAAAGAUACUCAAAUGAAAGUGGUGAUGAGAGAGAAGUGAGAAAAGUGAGAUGGGUUUUUAGAGAGUUUUUUCGUUUGACAGGUUUGUUUGUGGUUGGUGAUGCAAUUCCAUUUCUUGGAUGGCUUGAUUUGGGAGGACAUGUGAAGGAGAUGAAGAAAGCAGCUAGAGAAAUGGAUAGUGUUGUUUGUGGUUGGUUGGAAGAUCAUCGUAACAAAAAUGAUGUUGGAGAGACCAAGAUGGAGCAGGAUUUCAUUGAUGUAUUGUUGUCUGUUCUUCAUGGUGUUCAUCUUGAUGGUUAUGAUGUUGACACUGUCAUCAAAGCUACAUGCUUGACGUUAAUUGCCGGGGCAACGGACACCACAACGGUAACAAUAACAUGGGCACUCUCAUUAUUGUUGAACAAUCGCCACACUUUGAAGAAAAUUCAAGACGAAUUGGACGAAAAAGUUGGAAAAGAUCGCCUAGUGAAUGAAUCGGACAUAAACAACUUAGUCUACCUGCAAGCCGUGGUGAAAGAGACACUACGAUUAUAUCCUGCUGGACCACUCUCAGGUGCGCGUCAAUUCACUGAAAAUUGUACCGUAGGUGGGUACAAUAUCCAAGCAGGUACUCGAUUAAUUUUGAAUCUAUGGAAGAUGCAUAGAGAUCCACGUGUGUGGUCGAAGCCAUUAGAGUUUCAACCAGAAAGGUUCUUAAAUACUCAUAAGGAUGUAGAUGUUAAAGGACAACAUUAUGAACUCCUUCCCUUUGGAGGUGGAAGAAGGUCUUGUCCUGGCAUAACAUUUGGUCUUCAAAUGACAAAUUUAGCAUUAGCUUCUUUCUUGCAAGCAUUUGAAGUCACAACCCCUUCAAAUGCUCAAGUUGAUAUGAGUGCAACUUUUGGACUCACAAACAUUAAAACCACUCCACUUGAGGUUAUAGCUAAACCUCGUUUACCAUACCACCUUCUCUUUGUCAAGGAACAUUAGCCUAUUAAAUAGAAUGCAUUUGCAAGCAUUAACCUUGAAUUAGUACAUGUUCAUGAUAAAGUGCAAAUUGUUUUCGAGUAUACGGUGUGUUUAGCAAUAAAUAUUGUUUAGAUUAGAUAUAUUUGAGUCCAUAAUUUUCUUCAAAGUCAAAACUCAUGUUCUAUUGCAGUGGUUAUCUUCCUAAAUAAAUUAAUUAAGAUUGAUAUUGCUCUU